AUGGCGGCGGCGGGGCCGCUGUGCGCGGGCUUUUCCGUGGCGCUGCUGCUGGGCUCCCUGCUGCCUAGCGCGGGCGGUGGUGGGGCCGCAGGGCUUCCCCGCUACCAGGUGACGGUGCCCCGGCGGCUGGCGCCUCCUGCGGGCCGGGAGGCCGAGGGGCAGGUGUCCUACCAGCUGCAGGUGGGUGGGAGGCUGCUGGUUGCUCACCUGCAGCAGAAGGGCCUGUUCCUGGUCGGCCACCUCCCUGUGUUCACCUAUGAGCGGGGUGAGCUGGUGACCAGCCAGCCCUUCCUCCCAAGCCACUGCUACUACGAGGGCUACGUGGAGGGCGCCCCGGAGUCACUGGUGGUGCUGAGCACCUGCUCUGGGGGGCUGCGGGGACUGCUGCGCAUCGAGGGGACGAGCUACGGGAUCGAGCCCAUCAAGGCCUCCGCCACCUGCCAGCACCUCCUCUAUCGGCUGGGGGACGUGGAGGGCACGCCUGCCUCAUGUGGGGUGACCACUGAGGCGCUGCAACACCAAGGAACCAAGCGCCAGCACGUGGGGCCUGCUGUGGCAGCCAGACGUCACAGAUGGACACAUGCCACCUAUAUUGAGUUCUGUGUGGUGGUGGAGAAAGAGCAGUUCAUCCUUUAUAGAGGGAAUGAAAGCCUCCUGACCAACCAGGUCCUUGAAGUGAUCAAUAUGGUGGACUCCUUUUAUCGUGCUCUGGGAGCUCAUGUCAUCCUGGUUGGACUAGAGAUCUGGACCGAAAACAACCUCAUCACAUUACCCGAUACUAUAGGCAAUGCUCUUACUGAAUUUAACCGUUGGAGGAAUGAUGUGCUCUAUCGUCGCCUGCAGCAUGAUGCUGGACAGCUAUUUAUGGCUAAAAUAUACAGAGGGCAUGCUGGGAGAGCAUAUGUAGGAGGCAUCUGCCUUGUGACAGAUGCAGCAUCCAUUGUCACGUGGCGUUUUGCUUCUGUGCCUUUUUUUUCAGUCACUGUUGCACAUGAAUUGGGUCAUAAUCUUGGCAUGUAUCAUGACUAUGAUAAAUGUCAUUGUAACAGAACUGUUGGCUGCAUCAUGGCUGCUGUGCACGUAACUACUGAUCAGUUCAGUGACUGCAGUCGUGAAGUAUAUUUUAAUCUCCUCCGUGAUGGCGCUGGAUUCUGCCUAUAUAACAUCCCAGCGCCCAGCAAAAUAUUUAGGAGGAAGCACUGUGGUAACAAGGUGGUGGAAGGGGAAGAAGAAUGUGACUGUGGCUCAGAACUGGAAUGCAAAAAAGACUUGUGCUGUCAGUCCACGUGCAAACUGAAACCAGGUAUGGUUUGUGCUUUUGGAAAGUGCUGUAAAAAAUGUCAAAUUCUUGCUAAAGGAAAACUAUGCAGAGCAGCUGUUGAUGAGUGUGACCUUCCUGAGUAUUGCAAUGGGACUUCAAAGUGGUGCCAAGACGAUGUGUAUGUACAAGAUGGAACUCCAUGCAGUGACAUGGGCUACUGUUAUCGGGGAAGCUGCCAUAACCACAAUAAACAGUGUGCAGAUAUCUUUGGAAGAGGGGCACAAAAAGCUCCUCUAAGUUGCUUCAGUAACCUGAACACUCGAGGUGACCGGUUUGGCAAUUGUGGUGGUGGUGAAACUGGAGCAAAUUACAAAAAAUGUAAAAUCAGUGAUGUCUUGCGUGGAAGGAUUCAGUGUAAAAAUGUAAAAAAAAUACCUCCUUUGAAGGACCAUAGUACUGUUGUACAAACGCCCAUGGGUCAUAUCUGGUGUUGGGGUACAGACCAUCAUGCUGGGACUGAUGUAAUUGAUACUGGGGCAGUGAAAGAUGGCACAUUUUGUGGUAAUGGGAAAAUUUGCCUUGGUAGGACAUGUGCAAGUGUGUCGCAUCUGAAUUUCGAUUGCGAUGCUAAGAAAAAAUGCAACAGUAGGGGAGUAUGCACCAAUACUAAAAAUUGCCACUGUAACUAUGGGUGGGCCCCUCCAGACUGUAAAUUCCGAGGAUAUGGAGGAAGCAUUGACAGUGGACCUGUUCCAGUGUCUAAGCCUGUGGUAAGUAUAUGGAGCGGCAGUUUGGGUAAUGUUAUCUGGAUAAUAAUUGGCAUCAGUUUUGUUCCUGCCCUUGUUUCAGUACUUAGAAAAAUUGGAUGGGUGAAAGCGUUUAGAAGGCUAGAUGUCACACAGAGAAAACAAACUGCUGCUGCUUCUGCUGGUGAUAGACAGAGCCUCUAUAAGAAUGGCAGCAUUAGUUCAAAAAAGUAAAAGACACAACAUUUUUUCUAGAAGGGCAACAGAUGUUUUGCAGGUCAAAAGAUCAGAGUUUGUUACCAAAGCAGUCAUUGAAAGAAUCUACCUCUGAGUCUAUGCUGAGGUAGCGAUGGCUUGGCCUUGCCUGAUCCCAAAUAUAAUGUAAUAAUGUAUUAUAGUUAAAUAAUCAAAAAUGUAGCAUUUUGGGUGGGAGAGAGUGUCUCUCUUUUUUAAAAAAACAUGUAAAUAAAAAAUAGGUUUUUAUUUUUUUUAAAAUAGGAAAGUAAUGGAAAACAUUUUGCAUUCCUCAGAAAGAGAUCUUGUGAGUGAUGAUAUUUCCCCAAAUGCCCAGCCAUUUGGUCAUUGUAUAAGUUGAUGCUGUAGUAAUAUUCCACAAUGUAGUGUUUUAUAGAGCUAUAGUGAAGACAUAUUAGAGCUGCACACAGAAAAUGGGCAGUUUCUCUUCCGGCAAGCUUCCUAGUUGUAUUGUGCAGUUAGUGGAGGUGGGGUCAUCCUUCAUCUCGGAGAUGCUGAUUUAAUUUGGGGGUCUCUGGGAUUUUGUAAUGCCAUGGACUCCAUUGUAAAUCAUUAAUUCUCCUUGGAAAGUUGUAGAAUGUACUGGGGCCUAAAAGAGAAAACAGGAUUCCUUUAAGAAGGGGGAAUAGAGCUGCUGAAAACCAGCUAAUGAAGAAAGAAGAGCACCCCUAUGAAAAUACCUCCAUGCCAAUUAUCAGCAACCAAGCCUGCCUUCUUCCAUCCUGAUCCCACUCUAUGACAUGUGCACCAAAACUAGCAGCAUGCCCUUCCUCUAUGCUGGUGAUGUGUAACUUCCAGUUGUUGUGAAUGAUUUUAAAUUACAAUAUUUUCAAUAAAUAAUUUAAAUCAGCUUUUUCUUGUACUCACAUU